AAUCACAGUGGAGUAGGCGGGAUUUUUCCCCGGAUGAAGUCGGGAAAAGGAAAGCGAAAGAGUUUGAUCUGUGCAGCUGCACCAGGAUAUUUUUAUUGACGCGUCUCACUGUGUUGGUUGCAUCCAUUUCAGCAUGAGCAAGGUGGUCAAAACUGUGGUUGGGGUCACUCUUGGGGUUACUGCUGGAGCAGCGGGUGCAGCUGUUUUAGUCCCUGCCGCACUAGGGUUGGUGGGCUUCACCGCGGGUGGCAUCACAGCUGGGUCCAUCGCUGCCGGGAUGAUGUCAUCAGCUGCUAUAGCUAAUGGAGGAGGAGUAGCAGCAGGCAGCCUAGUGGCUGUUCUUCAGUCAGUAGGGGCCGCUGGCUUAUCGGCUGCCACAACAGCAGGCGUGGCAUCUACUGGCGGGGUGAUAGGCGGUGUGCUGGGGUGGUUAUCUGGGCGUAGAGUUGGGGGUGAACCUCCUAAGAGCCCUCAACCUCCUAAUUCCCCUCAACCUCUUAAUCUACCUGAGAGCACUAAACUGUCGGUCCCUGAGACUGGAAAUUCAUCAGAAACCGAUGAUGAUGAAGACAAGGACCCUUCAAAUGACCCUCCUUCCAAGGAACUGCAAAAGUUUGAAUGAAAUUUUCUUUGUGUAAGUGUACCAAAAUAAAUACAUAGUGAAUACCU